AUGGCGUGGGCGUACAAUACACCUGAAGGCACGCCGAACAAUGGACCAACCAUCGCUGCCGUUGCCUUGGCCGUGACGUCGUUGGCUCUUGUCGCGCUGUGUCUGAGGAUUUAUGUUAGGACGAGGAUUACAAAGGCUCUCGGUCUGGAUGACUGGUUGAUCAUUGCUAGCUGGAUUGGAGCUUGCGGCUACGCUUCAGCAAUCGUCGUCCAAACGAAAUGGGGCCUCGGGCUGAUUCAACUCGACACCAUGCCGGACGAAAAUGUCCUCAACUUUGGCAAAACGCAAUAUAUCGGCGCGCCGUUCUACGUUCUUGGCAUCUGGGGCUUCAAGACCAGCCUACUCGUGUCCUACAUCCGCUUGGUACCUGGGUCGUACCGACUGCUACCUAUCUCAAUUGCCACGAUUGUUACAAUGGCACAUAUAGCCUUUAUGCUGGUUUUCUUGUUCUUGUGUAUUCCGGUUGAAAAGCAAUGGGAGCCUCUUAUACCCGGCCAUUGUGCUGAUGCCGUUCCCUUUUACCUCACAUUCUCGUCUUUGACGAUUGUCUUUGACGUAAUCACGCUCGUCCUCCCCUUCCCCGUUCUCAUCAAGCUCCAAAUGAAGAUCCGCCGCAAAAUCGCGCUCCUGUGUCUCUUUGCUUUGGGCCUCUUCGUAACCAUUGUCCAAAUUAUCCGCAUCCAAACCAUCAGCAACUUGUCCAACUACCUCGACUCCGCCGAAGCCAUCAAGUGGUCCAUCGUCGAGACGACCGUCGGCAUCAUCAUCGCAUGCGUGCCAACGCUCGCACCCCUCGUCACAUACUUUUCCGAAAAGACACGCAGCGGCGGCAGCAGCGGCAACACGCCCGCCAGGCCCGGCGCAGACGGCCCUUACGCGCUGCAGUCGUGGCGGGCGGCGAAGAGCGGCAUGCGACCCCUAGGCAGUGCUGCAGACGGGGAGAACGGGGGCGAGAAGAGCACGGAGAAUAUCUUGCAGGGGCCGAUUGCUUCGGUGAGCGAGACCAGCGAGGCGAGUGAAGAGGCUGGUGACCGAGAGCAGGGUUCUCCGGCUGCGAGCAAGAGCAGCGACUAA